AUGUCUCUGCGGGAUGUAGUACGAAGAGCGACACCGCGAGGGUUGCGCCCCCGCAAGCCAACAUCACCCUGCACCGCCCAACGAUUCUCCCCACAGUGGCAGCGAUGGAGCUCUAUUUCUCAGCGGCCAGGCUCCGAUCAUGUGCAUUUCCCCGGCGCAGUCAACAGCAAGUUCACCACUACCCUCGACUACGAGCGGCCCUCCGAGAAGCCCGCCAUGCCUACAUACCGAUACAUGGACCAAGACGGCGCCAUAGUAGACAAGAACAGGGAGCCCAUCGACAUCUCCGAUGAGGAGGCUAUCAAGAUGUACAAAGACAUGCUCACAGUUAGCAUCAUGGACCUCAUCAUGUUCGACGCCCAGCGACAAGGCCGGCUAAGUUUCUACAUGGUCUCUGCCGGCGAAGAGGGCAUAGCCGUCGGGUCGGCCGCCGCGCUGAACCCGUCGGACGUCAUCUUCGCGCAGUACCGCGAGACGGGCGUCUUCCAACAGCGGGGGUUCAGCCUCGACGAGUUCAUGAGCCAGCUGUUCGCGAACUGCAAAGACUAUGGCCAGGGACGUAACAUGCCGGUCCACUAUGGGAGUCGGAAGCACAACAUUCACACCAUCUCCUCUCCGCUCGCGACACAGAUCCCGCAUGCAGCCGGCGCGGCUUAUGCGCUCAAGCUCCAGGCGGCGCAGAACCCGAACGAGGAACCCCGCAUUGUGGCGUGCUACUUCGGCGAAGGCGCUGCCAGCGAGGGAGACUUCCAUGCCGCGCUAAACAUCGCGGCUACGCGAAACUGUCCUGUCGUAUUCAUCUGCCGGAACAACGGGUAUGCGAUCAGCACGCCGACACUUGAGCAGUAUCGCGGGGACGGCAUUGCAAGCAGAGGCGUUGGGUACGGCAUCGAGACCAUCAGGGUCGAUGGCAACGACAUCUUCGCUGUGCAUGAGGUGACGAAAGAGGCGCGGCGCCGGGCGCUCGACGGCGGCGGGAAGCCGAUUCUGAUAGAAGCGAUGUCGUACCGGGUUUCGCAUCACAGCACUUCUGACGAUAGCUUUGCGUAUCGCGCCAAAGUCGAAGUCGAGGAUUGGAAACGGCGGGACAACCCCAUCACACGGCUAAGGAAGCAUCUAGAGAGUAAGGGGGCGUGGAACGAGGACAAAGAGAAGGAGGCGAGGAGCUCUAUCCGGAAGGAUGUGUUGGCUGCCUUCAAUCGAGCCGAAAAGGAGAAGAGGCCGGCACUGAGGAACAUGAUGGAGGGCGUGUACGCGGAGCUGACGGAAGAGCAGGAAGCGCAGAUAAGGCAGCUGAGGGACAUCAUCGAGCGAUACCCUGAUGAGUACGAUGUAUCGGAAUUUGAGGGUGGCCUUGAUGGACUCGGUGUUAAGUGA